CGACUCAAAGCUCAUCUCGAAUGUGCACGAUGAAGCACGCCCACACCUAAGCAGGUGCAAGCUCGAUCGCACACUUCAGUACUUCACUACACGCAGUACGUGCUGCUUCUCUAGCAGCGUAUACCUAACACAUCGUCGUCACCACCGUACUCUCUCACUCACGCGCGGUCCGCCGGCGAUGGCGGGUAGGACGUUCGUGGACGUUGCGGUGCGCGCCAUGCAGGAGUACGUGCGGGUGUCCGACCUGGCCCUAGCCGCCGCGGUGCUCUUCGCGUGCAAGGCCGCCACGACCCGCCUGAAGUCGCGGGGCAGACCCAUGCUGUGGCCGGUGUUCGGCAUCAUCCCCACCCUCUUCGCGCACCUCGACGACAUCUACGACUGGGGCGCCGCCGCGCUAGCUCGCUCCGGGGGCACGUUCCCGUACCGCGGCAUGUGGGGCGGGGGCUCCUCGGGCGUCAUCACGUCCGUGCCGGCCAACGUCGAGCACGUGCUUAAGACCAACUUCUCCAACUACCCCAAGGGGCCCUACUACCGCGAGCGAUUCGUGGAGCUGCUCGGCGACGGCAUCUUCAACGCCGACGGCGAGGCGUGGCGCGCGCAGCGCCGCGCCGCCACGACUGAGAUGCACUCGGCGCAGUUCCUCGAGUUCUCGGCCAGGACCGUCGAGCAGCUGGUGCACGGCCGGCUGAUGCCGCUGCUGCAGCAGCAGCAGAGCCAGGGUGGCGUGACCGUGGACCUCCAGGAGGUCCUCCUCCGGUUCACGUUCGACAACAUCUGCGCCGCGGCGUUCGGGGUGGACGCCGGGUGCCUCGCGGACGGCCUCCCGGACGUGCCGUUCGCGCGCGCCUUCGAGCGCGCCACGGAGCUCUCCCUCGCCCGGUUCGUCACGCCGCCCUUCGUCUGGAAGGCCAAGCGGCUCCUCUGCGUCGGCGGCGAGCGGCGCCUCGCGGAGGCCGCGCGCUCCGUGCGGGAGUUCGCCGAGUGGGCCGUCUCCGAGCGCCGGACCGAGCUGCGCAAGAUCGGGAGCCUGCAAGACCGCUGCGACCUCCUGUCCCGCCUCAUGUCCUCCUCGACGGGCCACUCGGACGAGUUCCUCCGCGACUUCUGCAUCAGCUUCAUCCUCGCCGGGCGCGACACCAGCUCCGUCGCGCUCGUCUGGUUCUUCUGGCUCCUGGCGUCCCACCCGGACGUCGAGGCACGCGUCCUUGACGACGUGCGGGCCGCCGACGGCGACGUCGGGAAGAUGGACUACCUCCACGCGGCGCUGACGGAGUCGAUGCGCCUCUACCCGCCGGUGCCCGUGGACUUCAAGGAGGCGCUCCAGGACGACGUGCUCCCGGACGGCACGGCGAUCCGCGCGCGCCAGCGGGUGAUCUACAACACGUACGCGAUCGGACGGGACCCGGCGGCGUGGGGGGAGGACUGCCUGGAGUUCCGCCCGGAGCGGUGGAUGAAGGGCGGAGACUUUGCUGGCGGCGCCGAGAGCCCGUUCAAGUACGUGGUGUUCAACGCCGGGCCGAGGCUGUGCGUGGGCAAGCGGUUCGCGUACACGCAGAUGAAGACUUUGGCGGCGGCGGUGCUGGAGACGUUCGCGGUGGAGGUGGCGCCCGGGCAGGCGGUGAAGCCCAAGCUCAACACCACGCUGUACAUGAAGAACGGCCUCAUGGUGAGCUUCAGGAGGAGGGAGCAGCAGCAGGUCCAUUGCACCACCGUGGCUGCGCAAGAAUGAUGGAUCAUGCCCUGCUUUGAACAGAAGUAAACUUAAAGGAAUGUGAUACAGAUCUCUGAAGGUUCGCUUUCAACCAUGCAGGCAAUUUGAUCAAGACGUUCGAGACGAGUGUAUAAUUACUGCUACAUAUAUUGCCUCUACUUUAUAUUUCUCUGCUCCUCUCUCCGCCUCUGUGUGAUCCUUGCUUUUCACCAAUUAUCGCGUCCACAUGCGGUAAAGUUAUACCGUUUCUCGUUAAAUAUGUUGUUAUACAUGAGUUUGGCAAAUACUGUAUUGAUUUGGAAUUCGAUUUGAUUUUGAUA